UUCCCCAUCCCGUUCGCUCGUAUUACGAUUUACGAUUACGUUACGGCCUUCUUCCAUUCAGUUGGAUGUCGCUUGCCAUCGAACGACAACGUACGCAUCGUCGAGGAAUCGUGGAGUAAUGGGAAAUUUUCGCGUUCCGAGAACUAGACACGUACAUUCUGUUUGAUCGGAAUACUAGUUAAUGAAUUAAAAGCCAUAAUGGACGGGAAAAUAAAAGCAGAAAGGAAAAAGAAUCCUAGGGAAGGAGCAAAUCCUCUUAAGAUUCUAACAUUUACGUUUACGCUACCAACAUUUUGGCUGGGCUAUCGUCGAGAUUUAGAGAUAUCCGAUUUGUAUAAACCUCUCAAAGAGCACACGAGCAAUCACUUAGGCGCAAAGAUAUCGAAAGUAUGGCAAAAAGAAUAUGAUGCUUACGUGAAAGAGAAACGACUGAUCGAGGAGAAAGAGGAUCACGAGAAGUAUCACGGAAAAACAAGAUUGAAGGAACCCAGUUUAUCAAAGACCUUGAUUAAAUGCUUUGGUCCACAGAUAAUGUUAUAUGGAAUAAUUUUGGCAGUUUUGGAAAUUACUCUUAGAUUAUCACAGCCCAUAUUUCUUGGCCUUUUGAUUCGUUACUACAGUCGAACGAUAGCCGAACCCAUACCGUUACAUACAGCAAUGACCAGAAUAGAUAAUUCUUCUGAUUCUCAAGUUCAUGAAAUUGAAGAUGCGAUCAAACCGGUACUGCAACCGAUAUGUCUCGGGAACCUUUUACAAUAUUAUAGUACCGACGAUGUCACGAAGGACGAAGCCUAUUUGUAUGCGGGCGGGGUAAUAUUAUGUUCAGCGUUGUUGCUAUUCGUUAUACAUCCGUACAUGAUGGGGAUAUUACACAUUGGAAUGAAAAUGAGGAUCGCUUGUUGCACGCUGAUCUACAGAAAAGCGUUAAAACUUUCGAGAACAGCUCUGGGGGAAACGACGAUAGGACAAGCCGUGAAUCUAUUGUCGAACGAUGUUAACAGAUUUGAUGUAGCUCUGAUACAUCUAAAUUAUCUGUGGAUCGGGCCGCUCGAAACUAUUAUCAUAACGUACUUCAUGUAUCAGCAAGUCGAGGUAUCCGCUUUGUUCGGAGUUGCAAUAUUGCUGUUGUUCAUUCCUUUGCAAGGUAAUAGAAGAAAAUGUACCAUCGAUUUGACACUUGUUGCUUUUUGGACCGUAACGCACGUGCGAUAUUUUUUUAUUUCAUAUUACCGUCUCCUCUUUUUUUUCUCUUUUUUCAAUCGUGUAGGGUAUUUGGGUAAAAAAUCCUCAAUAUACAGGUUGAAAACGGCGCUUAGAACGGACGAGAGGGUUCGGUUGACCAAUGAAAUUAUCACCGGUAUCCAGGCGAUCAAAAUGUACUGCUGGGAGAAACUGUUCAGUGAUCUGAUUCAGCGAGCAAGAAAGAGAGAAAUCACCGUUAUACAAAACAUGUCUAUGAUCAGAGGUAUCACCAUAUCCUUCAUCAUGUUCACCACGAGGAUGUCCCUUUUCGUCACGAUAUUAGCGUAUAUAUUUUAUAAUCAUGAGAAGAUAACUGCCACUAAAGUGUUCAUGUUGCAAGCGUAUUACAACAUACUACGACAAACUAUGACAGUGUUUUUCCCGCAAGGAAUAACUCAAAUGGCUGAAUUAUUGGUUUCCGUGAAACGUUUACAAAGGUUCAUGAUGUACGAGGAAAUCGACAUAAGGAACACUGACGAGAAAGGUUCGCAAAACAAGGAAACUAAACAAAAUGACGCGAACAACGUGGAGAAGGAUAUGAAUAAUACGAGUCAUGGAAAACGCGAAAUGACUAACAAUUACCAAGGAGAUUAUGUUAUAAACUUGAAAAACUCAAGUGCUAAAUGGUUAUCGUACGAGCAGGAGGACACGUUGAAAAAUAUUGAUUUCACACUAAAGCCAGGCGAAUUGGUUGCCGUCGUUGGCCAAGUCGGCUGCGGUAAAAGCAGUUUCCUGAAUCUGAUAUUGAAGGAAUUGCCGACGGCCACGGGCUCCAUAGAGAUAAAUGGGAAAAUCGCGUACGCUGGUCAGGAACCGUGGCUGUUCGCCGGUUCCGUACGACAAAACAUUCUUUUUGGUCGACCGAUGGAUCAGUUCCGAUACGAUCGUGUAGUGAAGGCGUGUCAGCUGAAACGAGACUUUACUCUGUUGCCGUAUGGCGAUAAAACUAUUGUAGGGGAAAGAGGUAUCAGUUUAUCAGGUGGACAGAGGGCGAGAAUUAAUUUAGCUAGAGCAGUUUAUGCAGAAGCCGAUACAUAUUUGUUGGACGACCCGUUGAGCGCGGUCGACGCUCACGUGGGCAAGCAUAUGUUCGAAGAAUGUAUCAUCAAGUACUUGAAAGGAAAGGCUAGAAUUAUCGUUACUCAUCAGUUGCAACACUUGCGAAACGUCGAUAGGAUACUCGUAUUGAAAGAUGGACAUAUCCAUGCGGAAGGUUCUUAUGACGAGCUCUCUCGUAUGGGAAUUGAUUUUGGAAGAUUGCUCGAGAAUCCAGAAGAAGAAGAAGGGCGAGCAGCAGGAUCCAGCCCCCCUAGCAGGAGUAAUUCUCGAAAUGCUAGCAUCUCGUCCUUGAGUUCAUUAAAGAGCACUAGUACCGAGAAAGAUGAUCCGCUGGAGGUAGCCGAGUCGCGAACAAAGGGAAAAGUCUCUGGCAAAGUGUACGCAGGAUAUUUUUCCGCGGGCGGAAAUUGCUGCGUUUUAUUCGUAGUCCUGAUGUUAUUGAUAGUGUCGCAAACGCUUGCGAGCGGUAGCGAUUUCUUUAUCUCGCAGUGGGUCAAUAUGGAAGAGAAAUACUUUAAGGUGACCGGGGCGGAUGAUGUCACCGAGGAAGACUGGGGAGCUCCGAUAAGCCGUGAGGCAUGUAUAUACAUAUACAGCGCACUGAUCGCUUCCACCGUGGUAAUCACAUUGAUUCGUUCUGCCGCCGUCUUCGUAACUUCCAUGAGAGCGUCGAAGAGAUUGCACGAUCGCAUGUUCCGAUCCAUAAGUCGGGCAACGAUGCUGUUUUUCAACACGAACGUGUCGGGUCGGAUUCUAAACAGAUUCUCGAAGGACAUGGGCGCUAUCGACGAACUGUUACCGAUGGCUUUGAUCGAUACCUUGCAAAUCGGUUUGUCCCUCCUCGCAAUCAUAACCGUCGUCGCCAUAGCCAACUAUUGGCUACUGAUACCCACCGUGGUCAUCGGACUGAUCUUUUACUACAUUCGCGUGUUCUAUUUGGCAACGAGUCGCAGUGUGAAACGACUCGAAGGAGUCACUCGAUCGCCGGUGUUCACGCAUCUCAGCGCGACUCUACAAGGAUUGUCCACUAUUCGAGCCUUCGAAGCGGAAGAGAUUCUGGCGAAGGAAUUUGAUGCACACCAAGAUUUACAUUCUUCGGCGUGGUAUAUAUUUAUAUCAUCGUCAAGGGCGUUUGGGUUUUGGCUGGACUUUUUCUGCGUUGUCUAUAUCUGCUUGGUCACUUUGAGCUUCCUACUUAUAAACGACCAAACCACUGGCGGUAAUGUGGGUCUAGCCAUAACGCAGAGCAUCGGAUUGACGGGGAUGUUCCAGUGGGGUAUGCGACAGAGUACCGAGCUGGAGAACCAAAUGACCUCUGUGGAGCGUGUCCUCGAAUAUACCAACGUGGAAAGCGAGCCACCGCUCGAAAGUGCGCCAGAUAAGAAGCCGAAGGAGACUUGGCCUGAGGAGAGCAAGAUCGAGUUCAAGAACAUGUAUCUCAGAUACAAUCCAGCCGAGGCACCGGUACUUAAGAAUCUGAACUUCGUGAUCUAUCCUCAAGAGAAGAUCGGAAUAGUGGGAAGAACGGGUGCCGGCAAGUCGUCUUUGAUCGCGGCACUCUUCCGUCUCGCGAACAUCGAGGGUACCAUCACGAUCGACGGAGUCAACACUCUCGAGAUCGGUCUCCACGAUCUCCGUUCCAAGAUCAGCAUAAUCCCUCAGGAACCUUUCCUGUUUUCCGGCUCGUUGAGAAAGAAUUUAGAUCCCUUCGACCAGUAUGAGAGCGACUCCGUUCUGUGGCAGGCGUUGGAAGAGGUCGAGCUGAAGGAAAUGGGACUCGAGGGGCACAUUAACGAGGGCGGAUCCAAUUUGAGCGUCGGCCAACGUCAGCUGGUCUGUCUGGCUCGAGCGAUCGUUAAGAAUAAUCCUAUCCUGGUUCUUGACGAGGCUACGGCGAACGUGGAUCCGCAGACCGACGGGUUGAUACAAAAGACGAUUCGCACGAAAUUUGCUAAUUGCACGGUACUCACUAUCGCGCAUCGUCUCAAUACUGUAAUGGACAGUGAUCGAAUAUUGGUGAUGGAUGCCGGUAGCGUCGUGGAAUUCGAUGCACCCUACUUGCUGAUCCAAAAGAAUGGUUACUUGAACAGCAUGAUAAAGGAAACCGGGCCGGCGAUGGCGGACGCUCUGAAGGAGGUCGCCCGCGUAAGCUACAAGAAUCGCACGUCUACUGCCCUUUGAUCAUUUUUUCUGAUGCAUUUUAUAGUUCUAAUCUUUACACGACCGCCAGUGUUAAGUUUAUCGGUGCGUACGUACUUCGUUCAUUGGUCAUCGAAUUUCACGGAUAUGCAGUAUUAACCACAUGGAUUAUUUUUUCGUAAAACAAAAGAUCGACAUCGAUUCAUUACGGCGAACGUUGCUGUCUUGUAUGUGCAAGUUUCGCGAUACCCAUGAUAGUACUUAAACACAAUUUUUUAAAACUAUUUUUACGUACGAGCCGUUGGAAAUUAGAGAUAUCAACGUAUUACCUCGUUGUCGUGAUCGUCGACUUACGUUAGUGUAUCGGUGCUAUGAGUACAAAGAUGGUUCAGUUUAAAGAUAUACAUACGUAGGUGCUUAAAUCAUUUUUGUAAGUACGUAUCUACGUGUAACGCUUCGAUGCAGACGUUUCAUGUUCUCGUCACAAAAAUGAAGACGUAAUUUUGAUCAUUACAUUUUGUACAUAAAUAUUUUUGUAGGAUAUUUCAAGUUUUCGUCGAAAUACUUAUCAGAUAUGUGACAUAAUAGUAAAAGCGAAGGAGGGCAGUGUCACUGACGCAAACGAUCAUUUUGCCAGUUUAUACUUGUGUCAGAGGAGUGUAAUUUUUCUAUACACAAAUAUUCACCUUUCAUUACUUUCAUGUAUUACUUAAUUAUACUUUAUUGUACAAUAAAACGUAUUGUACUCUUAGGAAAGAAACGGUCUUAUAUGUACAAGUGCCUAUAUGUAAUUUAAUUAUAUUACAAAUGAGAGAAAUAAACGCAGACAACUAUUUAUCCUGCCAA